UUCUUAUUUGUAUGUACGGUCCUUAUUUUUUGUGUUGCAUGUUUGUUUUCUCUGCUCACGGUGGUUGUCUCUUCCUGCCUAGAUCCCUCUAGCGGAGAUGGAAGCUCUGUCUCUGGCCUCUGAGACAUCCUGGUCCCUAGCUCUGACCGACGACUCGGCCCCCGAUGAUUUUAACCCCCUCUUUAUAACCAGUCUGGAAUGCAACUCGGAGCAGCUUGACAUGGGGGAGCCGCUGAAGGAAAACCUGCUGAGUGUCAGGAAACCUGCGGUGGGACGCACACACUCCCUCCCAAAUGACAGCUACAUGUUCCAACCCCUGCAGCCCUUUGGCCCGUCAGCUCCGCACAGUUCAACAGAGCUUCUAGCACAGACCCAGGGGCCCCAGCACAUAUCGGGCUCCCACAGGGGCCAAUCAGGCUCCAGCAGCUCUGUGCGUUCACAGCCGGAGGAGUUCCCCCAUCAGCUUCAUGUUCCCUCAGACCUGUUCAGACCCAUCAGCCCCCACAGCCUGUCCGACUCAGAGGAUAGACCCCGCCCACCGCCUCCACCGCGCACACACACGUUCAGCCGCACGCUCCGCAGACAGGUGGCUGUUUCUACUGAUUCUCAGGAGGUGCUGUGUUCCGAUGGAGGUGAAAGCAGUGAAGGACUUCUGGAUGUGGCCUCACUAGGCCUCCCUCCAUCCCCCUCCUCCUCCUCUUCUCCCCCCACCCCCUCCUCCCCCUGUUCCCUCCAUCAGCCUGUGGUUUGCCUGGUUCCUGCCACGCCGGGCGCUUCUUCUAACCAGUCGCAGCCCGGCAGCGUCCACACCCAGCACAAUGAGCAGCACUGCCUCACCUCCUUCUCAGCCACGCCUCCUCCACCACCGUUACCAGCCAGGCCACUCCCACAGGAGGAGUCCUUGGCGGAUCAGGAGGUGUCCCUCAUCACCUGUGCAGGAUUUGCCAGGAGUGAUGACAUCAGCAGCAGCGGCGGGCUGCGGUCGGAGGAGGCGGUUUACAGCGGGGACGGAGGCGGUUACACCACCUGCCAGGAGAGUCCCAGUCCGUGUCUGAGGCAGCUCAAAAGGUUCCACAGCGUUGACACUCACGGCCGCAGCGCUCUCCUUCCCCGGCCGAGGCCCUACUCCUGGUUGGACGAUCCGCGGCGCCACUCGGUGGAGGUGUGCUCCUCGGCGGAGUCCAGCCCCCAACGCAGCUCCGCCUCCACCUCCUCCGGCUUCGUGUCCCGGGCCGACAGCCUGCAGACCUCCACUCAGACCUCGCUGCCCUCCCCACGGCGCAAGAAGAAGAUGAGCCCGCCUUGCAUCUCUGUGGACCCCCCCGACGGACCGGAACCUCAGUCGGGCCUCUACUCAGGUCUGGGGGGCGUGGCCCUGGGCGGACUGGGGAUGGCGCCACCUCUGCCCAACAGAGACACCUGCCUGAGGCGGAGGGCGCCCUCCAGCGACUCCAAGGACUCCUUUGACCUGGGGGUGGGGGAGGGGUCAGGACAGGAGGGGGGGUCGCCAAACCCCAGCACCAACCCCAAGCUAUUGACUCUUCCAAGUUUCUCCUUUGAGAAGACAAGCUCUGAGCACUGAACACACACACACACACACACACACACAACACACACACAACACACACACAC